UUUUGAACUACACCUCUGACCCGAUAACAUCCUUCAGAAAGCAAAAGCCCGCGAUAAACCCUUCCCACUGAUCCACACCCAAAAAUGGCGUCACUUCACCACCACCACCUUCUUCUUCCUCCCUUCCCCCACCUCCAAUCCAAAACCUUCCACUCUCCACCCCCACCCAAAAGCCCCUCCUUCCACCGCAAAACCGCUCUCAGAGCCUCCACCGUUGAAUCCCCAAUCCCAAAACGACGCGGCCGCAAGAAGAAACCCGAAACACAAACACCACCCUCAAACGACACUCCUCCCCCCCAAGACGCAGACCCGAAAAAAGAAGAAGAUGAAGUGUACGACUACGACGACGGCGUGGACUUCCCCUACUCGGACCCUCCCUUGAUAUGCUGCUUCGGCGCGGCACGGAGGGAGUUCAUCCCGGCGGUGCGGGUGCAGGACUACCCGAUGCACCCGGACAUCUACUCCGAGUGGAAGAUGCUGCAGUGGAAGCCCCCCGAGUUCGCACGCGCGCCGGGUGGCCCGCCGUCCAACGUGGCGGUGGCACACACGCGUCUCGGGGGGCGGGCGGCCUUCCUGGGUAAGGUCGGGGACGACGAUUUCGGAGAAGAGAUGGUGCUGAUGAUGAACGAGGAGAGGGUGCAGACGAGAGGAGUGAGGAUUGAUCCCGGGCGCAGGACGGGGUGCGCGUACAUGAAGGUUAGGUUUGAGGAGGGGAGGAUGAAGAUGGAGACGGUUAGGGAGGCCGCAGAGGAUUCGCUUCUUGCAACUGAACUCAACCUUGCCGUUUUGAAAGAGGCUAGGAUUUUCCAUUUCAAUUCAGAAAUUCUAACAUGCCCCUCAAUGGAAUCAACAUUAUUCAGGGCAAUUAAGUGGACUAAGAAGUUUGGUGGCCUUGUAUUUUUUGAUUUAAAUCUGCCAUUACCUCUUUGGAGAUCACGUGAUGAGACAAGAGAAAUAAUAAAAAAAGCAUGGAAUGAAGCAGACAUCAUUGAAGUUUCAAGAAGUGAGUUAGAAUUCCUUCUAGAUGAAGAAUAUUACGAGAGGAAUAGAAAUUAUAGGCCACAAUACUUUGCUGAAAGUUAUGAACAAACCAAGAAUCGACAGGAGUAUUACCAUUACACUGCUGAAGAAGUCUCGCCUUUGUGGCAUGAUCGACUUAAAUUCCUGUUUGUGACUGAUGGAACACUUAGAAUUCACUACUAUACCCCUUCUUUCGACGGGUCUGUGGUGGGAACUGAAGAUGUGCUCAUAACACCAUAUACUUGUGAUAGAACUGGCUCAGGUGAUGCUGUUGUGGCUGCCAUUUUAAGAAAACUAACCACUUGCCCUGAAAUGUUUGAAAAUCAAGAUGUUUUGGAGAGACAGCUACGCUUUGCUGUUGCAGCAGGAAUUAUAUCCCAAUGGACUAUUGGUGCAGUUAGAGGUUUCCCUACCGAAAGUGCUACUCAGAAUCUCAAAGAACAAGUUUAUGUGCCUUCAUUGUGGUGAUAAAAAUUGUAUCUGUAACUUCAAUAGAGCCUAGCAGGGCCUUGAGGCAUUAGUUGGCAGUUAUUGUUUGAUUAUUUAUUUGGAUCUUCUCUGCAAGUGUUUUAUAUAAAAUGGGAGCAGACGAAUGCUAUCAGAUUGCAAGAGUUGUUUGGUUGUUUUGUUUGGCUCCAACUCAUGUCAUCCAAUACCACUAUGAGCAGGAGGCGGAUGCCAAUUGAAAAUUUUGUAGGUAAUAUUCAAAUGUACACUAUUCUUGUAAUGGGGUUGCAGUUUGUAUUUGUAAUACUCUUCCCUUCUUCAUUGUUUACCUUCUGCUUUAGUUCUUAUGCAGCUUCAUUCUAUA